AAUUAGUUCCGGGGAGAAAUGUGAGACGAAACCUUUAUCGUUCCGGGCUUGCUUUAGAAUGUGUAGCGUUAUGAUUUUUGUAUUCUUUCCUCUCCCUAUCCUGGUCUCUCUCUCCAUUAGCUCCUCUUUUAUUCUUCUUUCUCUCUCCUCUCUCUCUCAAUUAGCAUCUCUUUUGAUCUCCUCUCCCUCUAAGUUCUCAAGAGGAGUACCUCUAUGUAAAUUCUCAAUCGGAAUCUCUCUCUCUUUUUCUUAUUUCUCUCUCUAGAAUUGGUCGUGUUCAUUCUCUCUUUAGCAGCUCUCUGCAAAUCUCUUAACUUUUUUCUCACCCUGCCUCAAUUACCUCCCUCAAGAAUCUCUAUAACUUUUAUCUUUCUCCCAUUCCUUUCUCUUUCCUUAUCAUCUCUCCGCAAUUCUCACUAUUUUUUUCUCUCUGUUCAAUCUUUUUCAACAAGAAUCGGUCUUUAAAUGGAGACCCAAUGGAUUACAGAGUUUCCACACACGAACAUGGACAGGCGCCCUAGGAAAAGGCCUAGGUUAACUUGGGACGUUCCUCCUCCUUCCUUAAAGGCGUAUCCAGGUUUAUAUUGUCGGCAAGAAGUUGGGCAUGGGCCAGUCUUAGACGAUAUCUAUUCUUCUUUAUAUUUCAAGGGAGUGGCUCGUAAUGUUUCCCCUCCUCGGCGACCUGAUGAUAAGGACGGCCAUUACGUUUUUGCAAUUGGGGAUAACCUAACCUCACGCUAUAGGAUCCACAGCAAGAUGGGUGAAGGCACAUUUGGGCAAGUUUUGGAAUGCUGGGACCAGGAAAAGAGAGAAAUGGUGGCCAUCAAAAUUGUGCGUUCUAUGCAGAAGUAUCGUGAAGCUGCCAUGAUUGAAAUAGAUGUCCUUCAGCAGCUUGCAAGACAUGAUCCAGGAGGCACUCGUUGUGUGCAAAUACGGAAUUGGUUUGACUAUCGUAAUCAUAUCUGUAUUGUAUUUGAGAAGCUUGGGCCAAGCUUAUACGAUUUUCUACGGAAAAACAGUUACCAAUCAUUUCCCAUUGAUCUAGUGCGAGACCUUGGCAGACAAAUGUUGGAGUGUGUAGCAUUCAUGCAUGAGCUACGGCUUAUUCACACUGACUUGAAGCCGGAAAAUGUCCUCCUUGUUUCUCCGGAUUAUGUUAAGGUGCCAGAAUAUAAGUAUUCCUCUCGAACUGCAAGGGAGGGUUCCUAUUUUAAGAAAUUGCCUAGAUCAAGUGCAAUCAAGCUCAUUGACUUUGGCAGUACAACAUAUGAACAUCAAGAUCACAGCUAUGUGGUGUCUACUAGGCAUUAUCGUGCACCUGAGGUUAUUCUGGGGUUGGGAUGGAGUUACCCUUGUGACAUGUGGAGUGUUGGCUGUAUAUUGGUGGAGCUUUGCUCAGGCGAAGCACUGUUUCAAACUCAUGAAAACUUGGAACAUUUGGCCAUGAUGGAAAGGGUAUUAGGACCACUUCCACAGCACAUGUUGAUCAGAGCUGAGUACGUUCAAGUUUCCAUUAGCAAAAAAAAGUAUACAUCUCAAGAGAAAUAAGAAACAUGACUGAAA